AUGGCGAUCGUGGAGAAUCAGUUCACAUGUGUUCUGUCUCAGAAGCAGCAGUUGGACAGCAACAUACUCUCCCCUUGCUUACGAGUUUCUCAUCUACGGACAUGUUUCCAGAUCUAUCCUCACUCUCCUAAAGACAAACCUGAAAACCUUAAAACGGGUCAAACGAUGGAUGAGUCAGAUGAUGAUUUCAAAGAACUCUGUGCCAGCUUUUUCCAAAGGGUGAAAAAAAAUGCAACCAAAGAAGCGUCAGGAGAAAGGAAGAAGCGGAAGGCCUCCGUCAGCACUCAGAAACGAGGCAAGCCGAAAGAAACCCGUCACACUGCCACCAGGAGCAAAGCCCUUCAAGGCCCUUCAGAGAAGAAACCUCGAACAGACAGCCAGGCCUCUAGGACUAAAAAGCAAGGGGCACCCAAAUCCCAAGCAGGAGACCCAGCUCUCCCUGUGAACGGAAAGGGAGGCGUCCUUGCUCCUAGCCCUCAGCUCGUGUUGUGUGAAAGAGCACGGAGCAUUCAGACAGAGAGUGCUCCCAGUGGCGGCUCCCAGCCCCUCCCAUCCCGUCUCACUACGACUGGUGUGCCAAGCCUCUCCCAACCCAGAGCCUCGGAGCUGGUUCUCCAGCGGAUGAAGCAGUUCAAGAGAGCAGACCCUGAGCGCUUGAGACAUGCUUCAGAAGAGUCUUCCCUAAAGACCACACUGGAAGAAAAUGCCCCAAGCAGCCCUCGAGAGGAGAUGGUGGUAGAAAACGAGUAUAAGCCCAGGCUCCCUGCCGCAGACAGCGAUGCUGCUGUGGCCCUGGCCUUGGAGCAGGAGUUCAGAAGGGAAGAAGCGUCUUCACAUCAUGACAGCUUGGAGGAGAAGGGGCUGUUCUUCUGCCAAAUGUGUCAGAAAAACCUCUCAGCAAUGAAUGUGACCCGGAGGGAGCAGCAUGUGAACAGGUGUCUUGAUGAGGCAGAAAAGGCACUGAGGCCUGCUGCACCUCAGAUCCCUGACUGCCCAAUAUGUGGUAAACCGUUCCUCACCUCCAAGAGCCGAAUCAGUCAUCUGAAGCAGUGCGCAGUGAAGAUGGAAGUGUGUCCCCAGCUCCUGCUCCAGGCUGUGAGGCUACAGACAGCUCAGCCCGAGGUGGGCAGCGGCCCUCUGGUACCCAGCAACCAUGUUGGAGGUUUGAAACGGAAAGGAGCCACCAAGAAGGAGCCACAGAAGAGGUGGAAGGUCAAUAAGCCCGAGGCUCCAUCUGAAGAUCUGCUGGUGGCCAUGGCUCUGUCUCGCUCUGAGAUGGAGCAGUGUCCACCGGUGCCCCUGCUCAGACUGGAAAAUGCUUUUUCUGAGAAGAUAAGGCUAGGAUCAGAGAAGAAAAGUCGCAGGAAGAGACCCCCGGUGUGUCCCCCACAGUUGUUAACCCAGGACUCUGAGACCACAAGUAGACAGAUUGAGGAUCGUGUCGCCCAGCUCCUGUCAGAGGAAGUGGAACUGUCCUGCACCCCACCACUUCCUGCCAGCAAGAUUUUAAAGGAAGAAUUGGAGCAUGCCGGCUGGCGUCUGCAGCUGCCUGCCGGAAAGCAGAAUUUUCUGUGGGAGUGCAGUGCCCUCACAGGAGCCCGGGCUGAGGAGACCUUCUACACAGCAGGCCUGGUUCCUCCACUUGUGCCCCGACGGCCUCCCAAGGAACAUGAGCUAUCACUGCCCAAACAGCGAGAGCCAAGUACACAAAGGCCACCUGCCUCCCACAGCGGCCCUCCUGUGAGCCACAGCCCCGAGAGCCAGUUGCUGUCCUCCAGUCAGAGGGAGCACCAAGCUCUUCAAAAUCUUGUGGACUUGGCCGUGGAGGGGAUGAGUGCCAGCCCAGGGUCCCGCAGUCUGGGAGUACCCGCAGGGUUGGACUUGGGACCCAGCAGCCUUCCACCGACUGGAUUUGUCCUGCCGUCUAAGAAGACCCUUCAGAGGAGUGACCACGCCUCACUCACCUCUCUAGGGUUGCUGAUAUCUGACUUUGGGGCAAUGGUCAACAAUCCACACCUAAGUGAUGUCCAGUUCCAGAUUGACAGCGGAGAGGUUUUUUAUGCCCACAAGUUUGUUCUCUAUGCCCGAUGUCCACUUCUUAUUCAGCAUGUAAACUCUGAAGGCUUCUCUGCUGUGGAGGAUGGGGAUCUGACCCAGCGCAUCCUGCUGAACGAUGUGAGCUCUGAGGCCACCCAGGCCUUUCUGAACUAUCUCUACAUGGCAGACACUGACAUGCCUCCCAGCCUAGCUCCUGACCUGCGUUCCCUAGCCCUAAGGUUUGGUAUGAGUGACCUUGCUCACCUGUGUGAACAAGUGCCCGUCAUGACAGACUUGGAGGGAGAGGAAGAGGAGGAAAAGGAAAAUGAGAACUGUGAAAGCAGAGCAGAGAAUUUCCAAGAACUCCUGAGGUCAGUGUGGGUAGAUGAGGAGGAGGAAGCAGAGACUUUGUGGAAACCUGAAGUCUGUGAAGAAGACAGAGAAAACGUGAAUGAAGCAGAAAUGGAGGAAAUUUAUGAGUUCGCAGCCACUCAGAGGAAGCUGCUCCAGGGGGGGAGCAUGGCAGACACAGAUGAGGACACUAACCAGCUCACGGAGGACAGUCCUGUUUCUGAGCCUUCCCUAGCAGGUGCCCAGAGUGACAGGCGGACAGAACAAAUGGAGUCACCUGGGCCCAUCUUCUGGGAAAAUGAGAGAGAUUCCGUUCCGCCCCAGGGCCAGCACUCAGACUGGCUAGGGAAAGCAGGGACCCAGGAGGCACUAAGGGAGGCAGCUGGCCAGCCCGGCUCCUGUAGCCCUUCUGAGAGCCAGCGGGUGAGGAGGAAAGAGUGCUCACCUUUGCACCCAGCCAAGGCCCAUGACUACAAACAGCUCUUUGCAUCAACUCAGAGAGAACCAUCUGAACUCUCAAAAGUAACAGCUGACUAUGAAGAGCAGAGUGACACGGUUGGUGACGGGGAGGCAGAGGUGGCCCCUUCCCCCGCUGAGGAGCAGGCACCCUGCUUCCUCCUGUCACAGCCUCCUGGAGGUGGAGGUCCCAGCCAGUCACGGCGUCCCCUGUAUCACACAAGCGAUUUGUCCCCGUCAGUGUCCCAGUCCCACAGUAGCAUUUCCAAGGUGGCAUCCCCAAGCUCACUGUCUCCAGUUACACCAGCUAAGCAGAGCAGGGACAGUAGCAUUCUUACCUUCCUGAAGGAACCAAGCCACCAGAGAGGUAAACGAGGUAGUUCCAUGUCUGGACGCAGAAAUCACAGCAUCCUGAUUUCCCCGGCAAAGUCUCCACCCAUUGACCUGACCCAGUCGGUACCUGAUCCCUUGAGUCCCAGGACCCAGGAUCCUCUGCAUCAUGUAAAGAAAGAGGACGAGAUUAUCCUUUUACUAGAUUCAGACGAGGAGCUGGAACUAGAGCACACCAAGACAAAGUUAGUUCCUCAAGAGUCCCCAGAAGGAAGGAAAGCUCUAGAAGUUAGCCCCAAGUCCUCUGAGCUGUUUUCAGUCAUUGAUGUUGAUGAAGAGCAAGAACAUUUCCAGAGCCCCCCAAAGAGAGAAGCCAGGCUGCAGAAGGAAGAGGAGGGGCAGCCGGGAAACCAGUCCUCUCUGGGAAGCAGAGAGGCCCCCUGGCUGUUCUGCAGCCGGAAGAACAGUCUAGAUGAGGAGAGCACUACAGACACCUCCUGGCUGGUGCCUGCCACUCCGGGGGCCUGCAAGAGCCGUGAUUGCUCCUCACAGACCCAAAUCCUAAGCCUUCAGACCAGGAGCCCAUCAGAUGAGACUGUGGAGCACACGCCCAGGCCUUCCCCCAUAGAACGCAGGGCUGUGCCGGAAGCAGCCCAGAAGUUCUCAGUGAUCAUGCCGCAUAAACUGCCUGCGCCUCAAAGAACUUCUGAGAGCGGAAGACAGGCCUACGGAAGCCCUUCCCGUGUGCACCCCAGGUGCCUCAAGCGCUCCUCUUUACAGCCAUCAUGCCCUGCCCCCGAUUUUACCGGGUGGCCCCAGAAACACUCAUCACCCAGGCCAUGCCUGCCCAACCAGGCUGCAGCUGAUGAAGUGGUCGAAGUUGGGGACAGUGAUGACGAGCAGGAGGUGGCUUCUCAUCAGGGAAGCAGCAGCCCUGUGCUAGAUGGUGACCCCCCGCUUCCCAUGGGUGACCACUGUUGGCAGGAGGAGCCCCUCUCCCCAAUUCCAAUUGACCACUUGAAUCUGGAGCAGACUGGGCCCCUGACCACAAGCAGUCCCAGCCAUCAGUCCCAGAAGGCUCUGCGUGGCGGUGACUGCCACUCCACAGAGCUCCUGGGCACCACCCCCAUCCGAGGAAGCUGUGGUGCCCUGAGAGAGUCCCAAGAGGCUUCCCAGGAUGCCUCUCCUGGGAGUAGCAAACUGAGUUUCAUGAGCCCAGCUCUGUGGGAUGACUGGGAUGAAGAAGAGCCACACUCUCCAGAGGCCCCGCCUGUGGCCCAAAUGCUGAGGGCCAGAGCUCAGAAGCCAGACAGCCCAGAGACGCCAAAAGGUGCUAACAAGAAAAAGAACUUGCCCCCCAAAGUGCCUAUAACUCCAAUGCCAAGGUAUUCGAUCAUGGAGACCCCAGUGCUGAAGAAAGAGCUGGACAGGUUUGGAGUCCGUGCUCUGCCCAAACGCCAGAUGGUUCUCAAACUGAAGGAGAUUUUCCAGUACACUCACCAGACUCUGGAGUCAGACUCAGAGCCUGAAAUCCAGUCCUCCCAGGUGCUUCCAGAGGAACCUUGCAGCCAGGACCCCACCACUGAGACCUACAAGCCUUCAAGGUCAGGGGGCUACACCCAGCUCAAGGCCACUGCAGGUCUUAGGACCCCAAGAGCCAAGGGUCCCACUAAGAUCAAGAGCCUUCAACAUCGAAAGAAACAGCCCAGUGAAAGUAUUUCCCACCCGAGCAGGUUGCCAGCUGGGGAGCCGCCGUCAGGCCCUGAGGGGGACGCCCCACUUCCAGCCUCCCAGGAAUCCAUGGCUGCUUCUGUGGAUGGUAGUGAUGACUCCUUUAGCUCUCAAAGUUCCUGCUGUGCGUUUGGAGCUGCCCUAGAGUCUGCAGGUGAAGACAAGGAUGACGAGGAGGAGGUGAGAGCAUCGCAAGCAGCGCUCCGGGCCGCAGACACAGCGGAGGCAGUGAGACGCUACAUCUGCUCCAAGCCGGCCCUGUACAGGAAGGUCCUGACCUACCAGCCUCUCGAGCUGGCUGAGCUGCAGGCUGAGCUGAAGCAGGAUGGCAUUCCUGUGGCCAUGGGCAAGCUGCUGGACAUCCUAGAUGCCCAGUGCGUCACCUUCACAACUGCUGCGGCCCGAAAGGAGAAGCUGCAGCAGAAGAGACGGCAGCCCUUGGGCAGAAAGAAAAAGGACCAGAAAUGACAGGUUUCCUCCUAGAGGCUGCCUGCCCCAGGGCCUGGACACUGGUGCACGUCGGGCCUCCGUGGGUGUCUGUAAGGAUGACAUCGCCAGCGUACGCUCCGGGCUGUGCCGGCUGUCAGUGUCGUCCUGGAUUUAGAGCCAGGUGCUCCUUCCUCCCACCCCCCUCGGUCAGUGCCAGUUUUCCCCCUUUGGCCCAAGCAGGAUCCCCAUCCUGUGUGUUCCUGAGAGGCAGUGGGCGAUCCCAGCUGACCAGGGCAAGACCUGAGUCUUCUUCGCUUACAUUCUGCGUCCACUGCCCCCAAGCACAGCUGUCCAGGUAGCACGUUCUGAGAUGGGUAUUGGGCCCAGCCUGCCUUCUCAGCAUUCAGACUGACCCAGACCCCCAGGGCGGCCUGCACCCUGCAGCACACUGUCACCGUCACCAGCAUUCUUUAAGCAGGACCGUGAAUAGGGCCCAGCACAACUCUGAAGACCCCCAAACAAGCAUGCUGUUUGUGGGCUCCUCCCAUGCCUGUUAAGCCUCCUUGACCCAGGAGCACUGUGGACCUUGGGGAGAGCCAGAAAAAAACAGAAGUUGGGGUUUCCAUAGCCUGUGAAUGUCCUUGUCUGUUUUAAAUACAGUGAAGUUGUUUUAUAUGAGUGCAAUAAAAACAAGGCUUUAUUUAAAAUAAAGGAAUAAGUAAACCUA